GAAGCCGUUUGGCGGUUGCUGAAGCGUUUCCGGUUGGCGCGGGGGAUUGUGGGGGACGGUUGGGAGCUGCUGGUUCGCGCCGGGGGCUGUGGAGAGCGAGUCGCCAUGUCUCACACAAUUCUACUUGUUCAGCCUACCAAGAGGCCAGAAGGCAGAACAUAUGCUGAUUAUGAAUCGGUGAAUGAGUGCAUGGAAGGGGUCUGUAAAAUGUAUGAAGAGCAUCUGAAGAGAAUGAAUCCCAACAGCCCAUCUAUUACAUAUGACAUCAGCCAAUUGUUUGACUUCAUUGAUGAUCUGGCAGACCUCAGCUGUCUUGUGUACCGUGCUGACACUCAGACAUAUCAACCCUACAAUAAAGACUGGAUAAAGGAGAAGAUCUACGUCCUUCUCCGCAGGCAGGCCCAACAAGCCAGCAAAUAAUGGGGUGCCUUUGUUGCAGGGUUUGGGGUGGGGGGUUUGGACAACAGGUGUGUACAGCGUAGUAAUGGGAGUUUUGUAUUAUAGUCAUCCUGUUGCCAUCUUGUUAAAACUCUAGCCAAGACUGAAUACAUCAUUAGAGAUUCAAGGGUUUUCUUCAGUUUGAGACCUUUUCUCAGUGUAAAUGAAGAAAGAAGUGUGACACCUUUAGCAGAGAUUUCACUUAGUUACUCUCUGGUUAGCUAAUGAUUCUACUUUGUUUAAACCUCUAGGGCUGUUGAUACCUGCUUCACACAUUGACUGUAUGUGCCCUUCUCUGGCGUUUCCAACAUUAUUGGUUACAUCCUCGAGAAAGAGUCUUAGUAGAAUAUGAAAUAAAUAUUCUUUAGUUAAAUCUUGUGUUAGUAGUGAAUUUCCUGUAUCAACACAGCAGCCCUUUACAAAAUAAAUAAUGUAAGUCCCUACUCACAGAACAGAUAUUGGAAAGAGUACAUGGACUGAACUGUAACAGUCCUUCUAUUGGAUAGCAUAUUGCUUUAUGCUACAAAAACAACUUCUGAAGCACAGCAACACAAAGGGGGAAAAUCAAGGUGAUUCUCAAGUGUGCUUGAGGCUCCAAGCUACCCAGGUUUUAUGCCCACACCUGAUGCAAAUGUUUAAUUUUACACUUCACAGGUGGCAUGGCUUUGCAUUUAAGGAUUCCAAAAUUUUCCUUUGGGAGUAGGUAGGCUGGUGAAAGUGCUGAUUUUAAAAUCAGACUUAAACUUUUUUUUUUUUUAAAUAAACCUCUUUGGCCUUUUAAUAUUGGUUGUCAUAGCCUCAAACGGUACAUUUGGCACCUAAACUUUAAAGGAUAUCCGAUCCUUUAAGUUGCUGGCUAAGUAAAGUUUGCUGAGGUGCUUAACUAGUGUUGUUGGGUUUUAUUUUUUCUUUUUAUGGCAGUGGUUCCUUCUGCAGGUAUGUAUGUACAGAACAUUUUCUUUUCAGUUUGUUUAACAAAUAUAAAUUCUGUGAUUGCUUUUCUCAAAGUUAAAGCAGGAAACUUGUUUUCCCUUUCUGUAUAUAAAUAAAAACUAGAUGUGAGGAUUAAAGCUACUUCAAAACAGUAAAGGACUUGGUGACAAGAGACAACCAGUUCAGUUCACUAGCUGCAGCUAAUGGUUCCUGUUUACCACCGUUAGUUUUAAAAUGUAAAACAUGUUUUGACAAGGUUUUUCUUGUGUCCAAUGCAUUUUGAGGUAGUUUUAAUAAAUGUGUAAUUACUUUAA